GUUGUUGAUCCCUCCACAGACUGCGAGGGAUGACCCUCUCUUUAUAGCCGCCCCCCAUCACAGUUGACACCCCCACGCGUUUCGUAUCGUAGCGCGACCCCAGACCCCGCGGAAUGGCAGGUGUGAUGACUUGGUGGUUGUACGCGGGAGGUGUUUCCUUCCUUGGGUGUGUGGGGUGCAUAUCGGAGGAUUUCUCCGCGGCUGGGGAGCACGCUCGAAGGUUAAGCACGAUUAACAUAGGCGCUUCGACCGGUAGGAUACGGACACCGCCAGGAGGGCAGAGCAAGAAGCUCCAGCUCGACGGCAUCGCAGCAGCCACAACGACGACCCAGCUGUCAACCGGUUCUCCGGUCCCGGAAAACAUGUCUAGUCCACUUCAUUCUCACAACUGAGAUCCUAAUCUCAAAACGGGAGAGAUCCUCCCUUUCUCCGGGUCAGCCUACAGCCGGCCGCGGGGGUGCGGUGGCCGGGCGCCUUCGCUGGCGCGCGACUCGGUUGGGGUGAA